AUGAUCAUCCAUGACUCGUUCACUUUUUGGAAUGACAUGUGGCGACCUUUCACUUCCCUCUCCAACAAUUCAUCUUCAAAUACUCCCAUCACAAAAACCAAUGUCACUGAAUGUCAUCCCAAUCUUUUUCUACUCAACUCGACUUCACGAGAAGUCUAUCCCAUCAUUGAAUAUGAUAUUUGUCCAGAUACCUAUGUGUCCUUUUCCAUCAUGCUCAUUUUCGUCAUUCUGUAUUGUCUCUUGAUGUUAAUUGUCACGAUAGGAUUAAUUUGGAAACGUCAUUCGGGACAUGUCAUGGCUCGAAAUUUGGGACAUUUAUUUACAAGCAUGAUUUCUGGAUUUCUUUUCAUGUUUGUGUUUUGCAUGAGAAUUAUUAUAGGUCGAAAGAUUUUCCCAUGUGCCUUGUAUUCCUUGUGUUUCUUUGUGAGUGGACCUGUCGUGACCAUGCCAACCACAUGUCGAUGCUUGAAAAUGUUUUUUGAAUUUCGAUUGAAUUUGUUAAAAACGAAAAUAUUUGGAGAUUCUCAAGAACAGCAAAUUGCUGUUCAGAUGAAUAAUAUGAAGGAUAAUCAUCCCUCGAACAUGCAUGUGGAAGAAGGUGGAAUUUUGAAUAAGAAUCAUUCGUAUACGAGUGAAGGGCAUCAAGUGUCAAAUGCCACUGCACCAACAACGACAUCAUUUUCCUCUGGAAGUGUUCCAUCCUCAACUGCUUCAAGCUUUUCAAAUUUAUUUAAAUCAACCUCAACAGGACAAGGUGCCGACUUGGUCGAUGAAGAUUUACUUCCCAUGAAAAAAUUCGCCACUCCUCUCGAAUUGAGAAUUCUCAAAUUUUAUCAAUUUAUGGUCAGUUACAAAUUUGUGGUGGUUGCAUUCAGUGCAGUCUUUCUCUUCCAAACAAUGUUGUGGCUCAUUGUAGGAGGUGCAGAUGAAAUUGUGUAUGCUGUACGAGGAGAACGAUCGUUGGUGUCAUCUGGAUUUUUUGAAUUUCGACAUGGAUGUAUUGUGACUUAUAGUGUUUUGGUUAUAAUUUUAGUGGAAGCUAUUGUGUAUAUUGCAUUUGAGGUGAUUGCAUUGAUUUUGUGUUUUAUUUCAGAUCGUGAUACUUGGAACAUUAAGAAGGAAACUCUAGUUGCUGUCAUUUGUCAAAUUAUUGCUAUUUUAGGAUUUGUUAUUGCUGGAUACAUACCCAUUGUGGCUACCUUGACCGAUUAUUAUGUCCCUUACUUACUUAGCGUGGUUGGAUUUUUAGCUGUCGAUCUCGUUAUCUGUGCUCUCUUACCCGUUUUCUAUGAAAUUCGAAGAGAAUGGCUUUUGGAACGAAAAGACACCACUCUCUCUGACAGCAGCGUCGAAACAGUAUUGAAAAAUAAGAAAUCUUACAAAAUCAUGCUCGAUUUUGCAAGAAGAAGUUAUUGUCCAGAAGCUGUCUUGUGUUGGUCUGACAUUCAACGAUUUAAAAAGACUUCCAAUAAGGAAAAGAGAAGAGAGAUGGGUCAAUUUAUUGUGAAUACUUACGUGACAAUAUCUUCUCCAAUGGAAAUUAAUAUUCCAAACAUUGCAAGGACACAUCAAACGUUAAAGGAAUUAUUGCAGGCAUCAUCACAAGACGUGAGCGUGGACAUGUUUCAACAAAUUGAAAUAUUUUGCAUUCAGGAUUUGAAUGAAGUGUUGCAACGACUUUCAGCUUCGAAUAAGAUGAUUGCUUCCAUGAUUGAAUGUUAA